AUGGUUCCAUUAAGUCCAUCAAUUAGUGAGUCUUCAUUAAAUUCCAAUUCCAGAGUGUUGGCCAUUCCAAAUAAUAGACGUGAUGAGCCAGUAAUUAAACAGGAAUUUGUUGAUGUAACAGACAAUCCAGUAUUUAAACAGGAAUUUGUUGAUGUAAUAGACCAUCCAUUAAUUAAACAGGAAUCUGUUGAUGUAAUAGACAAUCCAUUAUUUAAAAAGGAAUAUAACAAUGAUCAAGUUCCAAAUAUUAAACAGGAGUUAAUAGAGGAGAUGGACCAUAAUAAUGAUGAGUUACUCAUAGGCUUUAUGAAUUCAGAUAUUGCUAACAACGAGAACGUCGACCUUUGGUCAAUAGGAAAAUGUAUAUUUUGUAAAGGAAAAAUAGAGGAAGAUUCAAAAAUCCUAAAAUGUCUUCAUAUUAUUUGUAAAGACUGCACUAAGAGAGAAACUACUGAUUCAGGUAUAUGGUGCAAAUGUAAAAUAGUGACUAAGGGUGAACUCAUUGAUUACUCGAUUAUGGCACCAAAUCAAUCACAGGUAAAGAUAUGUUGUGAAAAAAAUUGUCAAGUCGUAGCAAAGAAAAUCUGCAUGCAUUGCAAAAGCGUGUAUUGCAAACCAUGUUCAAAGACCCAUUCAAUUAAGAAUAAAGAUCAUAACCCUGCCUUGAUGUUGAAUUAUCCAUUAAAAAAAGAAUUUGUUCCUUGCCCAAAAUGUAUGAAAAAAUCUGUAGAAGUAUUUUGUACAAAAUGUUCAAUUAUGAUUUGUGCUAUUUGUCAUUUAAACUUUCAUCAGAAACAUAAUUUUAAUCUUCUUUCCACAAUGGCUGUUGAGACCAAGGCAGAAUUGCAAACGUUACUAACUGAUAUAAGCAAAGAAAACAAUCAUUUAAACUUUAUAAGGCAAAUGACAAAUGAAAAAAUCACGAAAUUGAAAUCCGAGAAGAAGAAAAUUAAUGACAAAAUUGACGAAAGAAUCAAAAUGAUACACGAAGAAGCUGAUAAACGCGGACUUGAACUAAAAAAAUUACUUGAAACAAAUUUCACAAAUGCAGUUAAUGAUAUUAAAAUGAAUAAUACGGUUAUUAAUGAUUUUGGAAAAGAAAAUGAUUAUUAUUAUAGUUUAACAAGCUCUGUUAUCAAUUGGGAUAAAAUUGUUGAAUGCAUUAAACUUUCAAAAAUUAUCAAGGAUCAAAUGGUUAUUGCUAAGAGACAUACCCAAGAAGCAGCAACUUGUAAAGCUGAAUUGAUAUACAAUGAUGAACAAUCUGUGAAAAAAAUUGUAGAAUCAAUUCAAGGAAUGGGAGAUAUUAUUUCAUCAAAAAUUGUUAGUUCAUCAGAAUUUAAAAUCACAGUUGAUUCAAAUAAAGUUCUACAAACUCUUGAAAAUGAUCAAUCUCCGAUUUUAAGAUCCGAACCGAUAAUGAUACAACCUGGCGUGAGUAAGCUAGAAGCAGAUAGUUAUGAAAUGACGACAGAUGAAAAUACUGACAGUGCAGACUUUAAACCACCUGAAAUUUCUUAUUGUAAUCAAUUUACUAAAGAAUUAAUAAACAGCACAUCCUGUAAUAGGUCUUAUCAUAAUGAUCGUCAUAUUCCUUCACUAGCCAAGGAGCUUAAACCUAAAGAUAUUCAUAAUAUAGAUACAAUGACUCAACAGCAGCAACAACCACCGCAGCAACAACAACAACAACUAUCAUCACAACCACAAAUGAAUCACAACCAAAAAAGAUCCAAUGAACAAACUGAUGAAGAUGAUUGUCAGUCGAAUGAAGGAUUUGUUGUGAAGAUGCUUGGCCUAUCAUGGGCAGCUACAGCUGAUGAUAUAAUGAAAUUUUUAAGCAUAUUGGGUGAAGCAAAAGUUAAAGAUGGUGCUUCCGGAGUACAUUUUACUAUGACUACAGAAGGAAAUCCUAGUGGUCAAGCUUAUGUUGAAAUGGAAUCUGAAGAAAAUCUUACGGCUGCUCUUAAGAAAGAUGGAUGUUAUAUGCGCAAUCGUUGUAUUAGAGUAUUUAGAUCAAAACGUUCAGAAAUGAAACGGGCUAUUAAAAAAACUGGUUCAACACUUGACAGUGCACUAUAUUAUGAUAAUUGUGUUCACAUAAGAGGUCUUCCCUUUGGUUUUACUAAAGAUGAAAUUGUAGAAUUCUUCCAAGGGUUGGAGAUGGCACCAGAUGGUAUAACCAUAGCAACAAACUCUACGGGACGGAUAGAAGCUUUUGUACAAUUUGUAAACAAAGAGAAUGUAGAGGAAGCUCUGAAGAAACACAGGAAGAAAAUAAGAGACAGAUAUAUUGAGGUAUUCCGCAGUAGUUUAGCAGAAAUUUGCAAACAAGCACUGCUGCAAACAAGACCAAGACAAAUUCCAUAUGACCGAAUGGAUCGUUUUGCUAGUAGUGGUGGUGGCAGUGGUAACAGAGGACGGUACUCUGAUAUGUCCAUGAGAAGUGGACGUAAUAUGAAGUCAUUUGGCAGUGGUAGAGGUAUGGGUGGACCAAGAGGCGGUGGCAGAAGCAGCACCAGUAGUUAUGGCAGAGGAAAUUCUUUUUGGGAUAAAGACAUUUUCUCGGCGUAA